UUUUAAUCAAUUUCUUGUUGGAUUGAAAAAUUGAAAUACGCGCCUCAAAGUAAUCAGAUAUUUAUCAAUACUGGUAUCGGAUAGCUGCAUGUUUACUUUUCUAAGAAUAACAUUAAAAUUGUGAAAACUCAAGAUUUAUUACAAUUGAAUUAUUUUAUUAAGAAUGGCAGCUUUGAAAUCACUGUUUCUAUCAUCUAACAGAUGUAUCAAUCAUAUUUCGAUAAGAUUGCUUGCGACUCAGAAAACGUCUAUUGGAAAAAAAAGGUUUCGUUUGCCGGUUGAGCAAGAUGCUGAAAGACUGGUCAACUAUGUCUGUGGUUCAAAUAUUUAUCAGGAAGGUGAAGAUAUCAAACUGAAAGACGAUAGCGAGUAUCCUGAUUGGAUUUGGAAAAUGAAAAUCCAUAGUUUUCCCAAAUUUGAUGAUUAUGAUCCUAAAAGCAAAGAAUAUUGGGAACUUUGUGAGAUUGAACAUUUAUUCAGAACGUUUCGACUAUUAUCAAACCGACCUAAAACCUCUAAGCCUACUGGAAAAAUUGAAAAAGAUUACGAAGAAAGGAUUCUCAGAGCAAGGCAACGUGCCAUUUUACCUGAAGCCAUUGAUCAUGGGUAUGACCCCAAGGACAUUUUAGAAGAGCCAGUUAAUGAAAGGAUUCAUCUUAGGCCAGAGGAAAGCGAUACAGUUGUUCCUUACGACCAAUUUGAAUCUUCAAUGAUAUAUGAAAAAAAUUUCCUACACAAACUGCGUACCAAAAGCUCAAAUAUCAAAAGACCUUUCAUGGAAAUAUACGCCACUAGAGUUAGAUUCAGAAAACCAAAGUUCAUUUAAAUAUAUUAAAUAAGAAAUCUUUUCCUAUUAUAGUGCUUAGUAUGUAUCAUAGUUAUUAAUAAUAAAGCUUUUUCGUUUAA